GCUACUGCAAUACAUAGAAAUAUUCGAAAGAGUGAAUCGAUCUCAAAGAGCUUGCUUUUGGGGUCGAUCGAAUUAGAGAGAAAUGGAGAUGGUGCUGUGGUUUCGGGCAUUGCUUUUGGUGGCUUGUAUCAGUUGUUUGUUUCCGGCACCAGCCGAAUGCCUGGAAAGACAUUAUAAGUUUAAUGUGGUGCUGAAGAAAACCUCACGGCUGUGCUCAAGCAAGCCCAUCGUCACCAUCAACGGAAAGUACCCCGGACCCACCAUAUAUGCCAGGGAAGAUGACACCGUCCUCGUCAAGGUCGUCAACCACGUCAAGUACAACGUUAGCAUCCAUUGGCAUGGGAUCAGACAACUGAGAAAUGGCUGGGCUGAUGGACCUGCGUACAUAACUCAGUGCCCAAUUCAACCUGGACAACAGUACGUAUACAACUUCACCGUCACCGGCCAGAGAGGCACACUGUGGUGGCAUGCACACAUCCUCUGGCUCAGGGCUACCGUCUAUGGCGCCUUGGUCGUCUUACCCAAGCUGGGAGUCCCAUAUCCCUUUCCUGCACCCAAGAAAGAAGUUGUGGUUAUUCUAGGUGAAUGGUGGAAAUCAGAUGUGGAAGCUGUUAUCAAUGAGGCUCUGAAAUCUGGAGCAGCCCCAAAUGUUUCUGAUGCUCACACAAUUAAUGGCCACCCAGGGCCUCUCUCACUCUGCUCCUCACAAGGAGGGUACAAAUUACCAGUACAACCAGGCCACACAUACUUACUAAGAAUCAUCAAUGCUGCACUGAAUGAUGAGCUCUUCUUCAAGGUUGCCAACCACAAACUAACCGUAGUUGAAGUGGACGCCGUGUACACGAAACCCUUCGAAACCACCACCAUUCUCAUAGCCCCUGGUCAAACUACAAACGUCCUUCUAACAGCAGACCGUAGCACAGGCAAGUACUUGGUUGCUGCCUCGCCUUUCAUGGACAAUCCGACGGUAGCUGUAGACAACAAGACUGCAACUGCUACCUUGCACUAUAGAGGCAGCCUUGCAAGCACCAACACCAUUCUCACCGUCCCUCCUCCUCAAAACGCCACACGCCUAGCCACAAGCUUCACAAAGUCGCUUCGCAGCCUAAAUUCGGAUACCUAUCCAGCUAAGGUGCCAUUGAAAAUUGAUCACUCGUUGAUGUUCACCGUAAGCCUUGGGCUUCAGACUUGUCCUAGUUGUGCCAAUGGUAAUAGAGUGGUGGCGGAUCUUAACAAUGUCACGUUUGUGAUGCCAAAGAUUUCACUCCUUCAAGCACAUGUCUUCAACAUAAGUGGAGUUUUCACUGAUGAUUUCCCCGGAAACCCUUUGAUGCCUUAUAACUAUACCGGAGCGCAGCAGCCAACGAAUAUGCAGACCAUGAAGGGCACUCGGCUUUACAGACUUGCUUACAACUCUACAGUGCAGCUAGUGCUACAAGACACUGGAAUGAUUGCCCCUGAAAACCAUCCUGUGCAUCUUCAUGGGUUCAACUUCUUUGAGGUGGGGAGGGGAUUGGGAAAUUUCAACUCCAAGACUGAUCCGAAAAUAUUCAACCUUAUUGACCCUGUCGAGAGGAACACAGUUGGAGUGCCAUCAGGUGGAUGGACCGCUAUCAGAUUCAGGGCUGAUAAUCCAGGGGUAUGGUUUAUGCAUUGUCAUCUUGAGGUUCACACAACAUGGGGGCUUAAGAUGGCAUUCGUGGUGGACAAUGGCAAAGGCCCCAACGAGUCUGUUCUGCCGCCUCCAAGUGAUCUUCCCAAAUGUUAGCGAUGAAGAACACCACUACACAAACUAAUGCCAAAUUGAUCUGAAUUUCUUAUCAACUCGAAGCAUAUAAGGAAGUACAAAACAAAUACAGACCCAAAAAAUUAUGGGAAGGUCAAGAGAGGUCAUCAAAACGGACAAAACUAAUAGGAGGAAUUCUUUGUAGCAUCCAAGCUAAAGGAAGCAGCCCUGCAUGUUGAAUAAGACCAUUGGAAUUAUGUAUUUGAAUGUUUAGCUUAGUUGUGUUUGAGUGUCUUUAUUUGUAAAUCUGGAAUUUUUGGUAUACUGCUAAUUAUCAAAACCAACAAGGGAUUUGUUGUUC